UCUUUAUUCUCUCUCAUAACACCAAGCAAAGGAGAGAAGAUUAAUCCCAAAAUUGAUUAAGAAGAGGAAGAAGAAAUAGUAGCCAUCAAUGGCUCCUCAACUUUUAUCUUUCGCCAACGCUACCAAAUACUCCUUAUUACCAUCCUCUGAGAAUCUCUUGAUGACCAAAUCAUUCAAGAGAAACAAAACCAAGAGCCAUUACCCCUUUCAAUACAAACCCCUUUCCCCAAAAAACCCUACAACCCUCAUCACAUGUUCAUCUGUCUCGAAUUUGAGUACUCCAAAAGUUGAGAAAGCAAUAGAAGAAGAAGACCUACAGUUUGAAGAAGAAGAGCUAGAGUUUGAAGAAGAAGAAAAGCCAUUAAACGAGAUAUGGAAGGAAAUCCAAGGUUCCGACAACUGGGAAGGGCUUUUAGACCCCAUGAAUUCUCAUCUCCGCAGAGAAAUCAUUCGCUAUGGCGAAUUCGCGCAAGCCUGUUACGACUCUUUCGAUUUUGAUCCUCAUUCCAAGUAUUGUGGCACAUGUAAAUACCAUGGCGCCCAUUUCUUCGAAAAGCUCCAUAUGGCGAAUCAUGGCUACCAAAUAAGCAGGUAUCUCUAUGCAACCUCUGACAUUAAUCUUCCGAAUUUCUUCCAAAAGUCCAGGCUGAGCAGCGUUUGGAGCACGCAUGCAAAUUGGAUGGGCUACAUCGCGGUCGCCACCGAUGAAGAAGAGGUCAAACGGCUGGGAAGAAGAGAUAUUGUCGUUGCAUGGAGAGGCACGGUUACUUAUCUUGAAUGGAUUUACGACCUCAAAGAUAUUCUCUGUUCGGCGAAGUUCACUGACGAUCCCUCCAUCAAGAUCGAGCUCGGAUUUUACGAUUUGUACACCAAGAAAGAAGAUUCUUGUACGUAUUGUUCGUUCUCCGCUCGCGAACAGGUCCUUGCUGAAAUCAAAAGACUUCUCGAAUACUACGACGGGGAAGAAAUCAGCAUCACGUUUACCGGCCACAGUCUCGGCGCAGCGUUGGCGAUAAUAAGCGCUUAUGAUGUUGCAGAGUUAGGCCUCAAUCUCACCAACGACGUCGAUUCAACUAGAAAUGAAACAGAAAUACCAAUAACAGUUUACUCCUUCGCUGGUCCUCGGGUGGGGAACCUCAAGUUCAAAGAGCGAUGCGAUGAGCUUGGAGUUAAGGUGCUGAGAGUUAUCAAUGUUCAUGAUAAAGUCCCCACAGUGCCGGGGAUUCUGGCGAACGAGAAGCUACAGUUUCAGAAGUAUUUAGAGGAUGCAACGAAUUUUCCGUGGAGCUAUGCGCAUGUUGGGGUGGAGCUCGCAUUGGACCACAAGCACAGUCCGUUUCUGAAGGACACGAAAGACUUCGGCUGUGCGCACAAUCUUGAGGCGCUGCUGCACUUGGUCGACGGCUACCAUGGCAAGGACAAGAGGUUUGUGUUGGCGAUGAAGAGGGAUAUCGCGCUGGUUAACAAGUGCUGUGAUUUUUUGAAGAGUGAGUACGGUGUUCCGCCGCAUUGGCGACAGGACGAGAACAAAGGGAUGGUGAGGAAUAGCGACGGCAAGUGGGUGCUACCAGAGCGGCCGAGAUUGGAGGCCCACCGGCCGGAAGAUACGGCCCACCACCUUAAAAAAAUACUCAAACGCGCCACCACCACCAAUGGUUCGCCACAAUUGGGAGCAAUUUGAUAAUUUAGCAUCAAUGGUAACUUCCAAUUAAUUAACUAUUAGAAAUCAAACCUUAAUUAAUUGUUGUAUGAUAUAAAUAUUUUCUUAAAAAUCAUUUAUGUGUAAUGUAUUAAUUAAUGUAGAAGCUUAAGACUUGUUUAAGUUUUUUAAUUUUUGUGAAUAAGAAACUCUUUGAUUUGAUAGAACGAGUAGAGAUCACUGGUAAAAUGUUGUACAUAUA